AUGGCUUCCUCUUCAUCAUCCUGGCCAUCGCUGCGCUCCAAGGCACGCUCUCUCGAGUCACAGACAGAGUCCUUCUUCCUGCAAUACUCUGCCUUGGCACAGUCGUCUGGACAGACAUCCGAUGAUGAAGCCCUGGAAUCCAAGCUAACAACCAUCCUUCAGGAGCGCCAGGAAGUCAUCAACACGCUGUCUCGCCUGCUUGACAUGGACACCGCUGCCAACUCAACAACCAAGGUUCACCAACUCCAGCGUAACCGUGAGAUCCUCGCCGAACACAACAAGGAGUUCCGCCGCAUCAAAGAUAACAUCGAGCAAACGCGAAAUCACAGCGACUUACUGAGCUCGGUACGAAGAGAUAUUAAGCAAUACAAAGAUGCCACGGGCUUGGCGGACGCGGAAGCUGGUUAUAUGUUGCAGGAGAGAGGGACGAUUGAUAAUUCCCAUAGGAUGGCAGAUUCCGUUCUGGCGCAAGCAUAUGAGACCAGAGAGGAAUUCGCUCGGCAAAAGGCAGCACUGAAAAGAAUCCAAAUCAGAAUCACGGAGACAGCAAUGCAGAUACCUGGAUUGAAUACGCUCAUCUCCAAGAUCAACACCAGAAAGAAGCGUGAUAGUCUGAUCAUCGCGCUGCUUAUUAGUUUCUGUGUUUUUGGGUUGUUCAUGCUACGGUGA